AUGUCCAACGAUAAGGAGAGCUCUCACGCUACCGAUGCUCACCUUUCAACUCAUGAUGCACAAGGCCCUGGCGUAACACCUGAAAUUGGAAGUCCAGGUGUCAAGCGGAUCGAGGCUCUUUCAUCUCACCUACAUAUUCUCGACCGUGUGUUCCUUUUCUGUGGAAUCUUCCUCAUUGCCUACGUCUACGGCCUCGAUGGCCUAUUGCGGGGCACUUAUCAGCCGUACGCAACGGCGUCAUAUGGGUUACAUAGCACUAUAGUUGAGGCGUCCUCGAGUACGGUCGAGCAGUUUGCUGCGGGCGCUGUGCUGUACCAGAUUGGAUACACGGCUAUUAUCCUACUGGUCGAGGUUUUGGUUGCGGACGUCACAUCGCUUCGCUCUCGGCUGCUGUUCUCAUAUAUUCCAACACUUCCAUUUUUGAUCAACACUUGGAUUAGUGGAAACAUAACUGGGGCUGUUUUGGGAGUGACUACAUGGCGCUGGGGAAUCGGCAUGUUUGCAAUAAUCUAUCCAAUCUGCACGCUCCCUCUUCUCAUGGUACUUUAUAUUGUGUACCACAGGGCCAAAAAGGAUGGUACAGUAGAUCAUAUCGCAAGCUCCUUUCGGACUUUGGGUGUUCGUCGCCUGGCGAUUGAGUUGUUUUGGCAGUUGGACGUGAUUGGCAUUAUCUUGAUGAUCGCUUUCCUUGCCAUGAUUCUGGUACCUCUCACGAUAGCUGGCGGCCUGGAUUCCCAGUGGAAGAAAGCAAAGAUUAUCGUCCCUCUCGUUUUGGGGCUGUGUUGCAUUCCGGCAUGGGUUGUUUGGGAGAGAGCUUGCACGCAUCCCAUGGUCCCAUUCAAGCUACUAAAGGAUAGAGCAGUCUGGGGUGCCUUGGGGAUAGCUGUUAUGCUAAACACUGCAUGGGCUCUUCAGAGUGAAUAUCUCUACACUGUCCUCAUUGUUAGCUUUGGCGAGAGUAUUACAAGCGCAACGAGGAUCAGGUCCCUUUACAGCUUUGCCAGCGUCCUCACCGGUUCCAUUCUAGGUAUCGUAGUAUUCAAGGUCAGGCGUCUCAAGCCAUUCAUUGUUGGAGGUACAUUGUUGUUCAUGGUGGCCUACGGAAUCCUGAUCUAUUACCGCGGAGGGCCCACAUCAUCCAAUCAUUCGGGAAUAAUUGGCGGCCAAAUUCUUCUGGGUAUUGCUGGAGGAUUGUUUCCCUACCCUGCGCAGGCCAGCAUUCAGGCUGCCACCAAGCAUGAGCACCUGGCUGUCGUCACAGGUUUAUUCCUAGCCUGCUACAAUAUUGGCACUGCAGUAGGAGGAAGCAUUUCUGGCGCGGUCUGGACCCAGAUUCUCCCCGGAGAGCUAAACAGUAGACUCGGCAACGCCACAUUGGCCACUCAAGCGUUUAAGGAUCCAUUCACAUUCAGUGCUACUUACCCAAUUGGGACCCCGGAUCGUGAUGCCGUGGUGGCUGCCUACAAGCAUACACAAAGGCUGCUGUGCAUUACCGGCAUUUGCUUGACCGUGCCGCUGGUUGCAUUUUCUCUCUGCACCCGCAACUUGGUUCUGACGAAAGAGCAAAAUUCACUGAUCAUGUCCGCUAAUUUUGAUGCCAUUUGGGAGGACCUUCUUGCGGAUUUGAAGACACUUCCUGCUAUCUCGUUUGAUGGGUUUGCGCGCCGAAUUCAUUUCCGAGCUCGUUGGCAUGGAGAUUUCGACAGCCUGAGGAAGUACAUUGGCACUGACCAACCGUACCCUGCUAAUGAUGAAAGCCAUGACCAGGUGCUUGAUGGCAUGUAUACCGGGGAAGAUUUCAGAAGGCUUGGGAAUUGGUUCCUUGCUGCCGAAUUCAUUAGCAUCGAUGAUGAUGGCUUGUGGCAGUUCCUUUUUUAUCCUAUAUUUACUCCAGAAGUACUCCGGGGCCUCAUGUCGAUGUGUCUUGCCGAGCAUCUCAACACUAAAUUCAAAAGCAAUGGCCAUCCUAGCCUCAUGGAGCUAGCAAAUACUACCGGGUUCGCGGACUACUUUAUCAACAGAAUACAAACCAAGUCUUUCAUUAUCAACCUUGCCUUAACUGAACCCACAAGGUCAGAUCAUUUGUUUAGCAUCUCAGUCCUUCUCGUUGCGGACUAUCUAAAAUACAAAACUGCAUGGCUUGAUAUAUGGAGACUCCUCUCAAAAGACAGACCAAGCUUCAAAGCACUACAUGCUUGGUCUCUUGUGACAUGGGAUGAGCAGGCACAGCGCGAUGAAGUAAAGAUAGACAACAUCGUGAAGAACUGUGGUAUAGCCGCGACGAUGGCAUAUUGUUCUGUGCUAGGCUCGCUGUCAACUUUCGACGCACUAGUCAUCUUCUACAAAGCAGUAACGGCUGCGAUUGAUACAGACUCGUCUCCAGAGCUUCGCCCGUACCUCGAUAGCAUCCAAGCAAGUAUGAAGAGGCUGAUUGACGAAGCCGCUAUCAUCAACGAAUUUGUAAGCUACUCUGAGAAGCUCUACACGACCUUCUACCACAACAUGUCCGAGAAGUGGCGCGAUGGUACUGGGUCAACAAGGGUUAGGCUCGCCCGUCCCGGCCCUUGGUCUGAACCAACCCCGCCUUGGCCAGUGGUAUCACAAUCCAGUCUUUUAUGUGGGACGGAUCUGAAUCUUUCUCAAGGUAAAUCAAAACAGAUAAAGGGUGUUACGAACAAUAAUCGAUUCCUUGUGUCCGCAAAGCCGCCGCGAUAUAGCCACGAGGGGUAUGGAACCGUAACUUCCAAGUCUCUGAAAGUGUGCUCGGUCGGAUUCAACGGCGAAAAGCCCUUCACAACUCCAUCGCAAGUAUUUUACACUACCACUGGACUUCGAGCGGUAGAUCCAGAUUCUGCCAAAACGAGUUGUCCACUCGCUCAGAUUGGACCAUUGAGAAGGGGACAUGUUAUCUAUCGCCUGACCGGCAAUCCCGAUGACUAUAUGUACGAUGCUGUGGAAAUGAGGUCUAUAGAAGUGGGCCAUGAAUCGGAGCAGACCGUGUACAGCGUGUCGCUGUGGGCAGGCGAGCAAUCGCAUCACGCGAACGGUUACCUUCUUGCCAUCAAUAACCCCAAUAGAGCUGUCGAAUCCACGGCCCGUGCCCUUCGUGCCCUUCCUCCAAAGAAGCGACUCUCACUUCUUGCAUCAUUUCACGAGCUCAGUUCGACGUUCACGAAGAAUGACAUUCAAGCUAUCCACGAGCGACUGAACUUUGAACUCUUUGGUAGUUAUGGGAAGAGAGAGGAAGACCCAAUAACACGGUCCGAGAUCUUCCCGGCCCUUGUCUCUCCAAGUGACCAGCUAAAGGCGAUGAAAUAUAGCCCUCGGCAGCUACCCAAUGGCGUCCCUCUGGACAGGGUAGAGAGGAGGUUCUCGCUACACGCAAAGGGAGACGGUAGUUUGCCUUCAGCAUACAAGCUUCCUGAGAUUAGCGUCAUAGAUGGCUGCAUUCUUGUAGAUGGAGAGCCCCAGAUGAGAUGCAAGUUGAAUCAGCAUAGGAGGACGCUCCAAUGGACGCGCAAAGUCCAAGAAAAUGUGUUCGAACACGGAGUUCUGUCCAUCUACUACCAUGGACUAUCGGGUAAGGGUGUGGUACUCAUUACUGCCACAGAUGCACCACAGAACUGCUUCAAGCAGGACAUCCAAGCAUUCGAAGCAUUGCCAACAAGUGUAGCAGAAGAUACCCAACUGCUUCAUUCCAGGCAGCAGACAGGCGAAAGGGGCAGCGACGAUGAAGGGGAAUAUAUACCUCUUAUCACAGUCUCGAUGCAAUACGACAAGAGCACAUGGGCCCCGGGUGAACCUUUAGACAAGCCCAAAGAUCCUAUGUCCGGUAUGGACGUGCAAUGGGGCUUUUUGUACCCACCUGAUGGAUCUCAGACCACAGCAACGAGGAUACCUAUUCUUGAUGAUCUUCGAGACCAACUCAAUGAGAAAUAUAAUCGGAAAUUCGACAGGCUUUAUGAUAGCUGGGAAAUAGUGCUAGAUGACGGCAGGAUCAGGGCAACCGUGGAAUUCAAUCUUGCAAGCGUCGUGCCAUUUAUCUCCGAUGCCGGGAUGGACGUCAACACUCUGAAUGUGAAUUUCAAGUCCCAGUUGGGGAUCGAUAUCACGCUUCCCGUUCUUUUCCAGUCAUUCUACAUCGACUACGAUGUUGACCUCCGUACGGUAAAGGGCGCCAUCUUCGACUACAACCCUCUGAUGCGUGACACGAAAGGAGAUAGGCGAUUCAUUUGUGGGAUUUCAGACAUCGAUGAUUCCGAAAUAUAUGAUAUGCGAUUGAGGGCCUCUAAAGCCUAUGCGGACUGUGCGGAUUUGACUGCGCCGACCGCAUUCACUUCGGUCCUGCAACCAGCGGAAAUGACAGAUCAGUUGCAUCUGUUACAAGAGCCUACGGUUGACGAGCUUCUUGCACCCCCUGGCUAUGAUGAGGUUGCACGUGAAGACUUGACCGGGCAGAGCAAGCCCAAAGAUCUACCUUUGAGUUUAGGGGCGAACCUGCCGACAGACCUGCAGAAAUUCUUUCGAGAAAAGUACGCACCCGCAUUCCUAUGUCAGUCUGUAAUGCGCUACGAGAAAUAUGAAGAUAAUUUCACAGAUCAGGAAAAGAAGAACAUGCGAUAUUGGUGGGACGGAAAUGGCGACAAAUGCCUUGCAAAGUCGAAGGAGUAUGCCGAAAUCAACCGCCGGGCUUCUGUUGAAGCCGUUAGCCAAUUCAAUGCGGAUGUACUUGACAAAUAUUUCGACGACAACCCGAAAGAAUGGGCCUGCACUCUUUAUGCCGCUUUGAAGGACAAAGGUCGAAUGUUGACAUAUCUAGCACAUCCUAUGCAGGGCAACGUCAAUGUGAUCAACCGCGAGUGCUGUAUCCUUGACGCGUUGGCACCAUCGGAGGGAUUAGCCGACCAGUGGUUCGAAUAUUUCGUUGGCUUUGCCAGUGAGCGUCAUCUUCACUAUCCAUACAUUGACCCGGAUGAAGAACUGGCUGGUCAAUGGCUACAUGAUUCCAUGAGGGAUCUUAUUCAACGUGUUCUUGAGGGAGAUCCUUCCGUCGACGAAGAUGUGCGCAAGGGCCUGGAAAAGGACAUAGAGGAGUUUGAAAAGGCGAAUGGACUCGACCAGACUGCAACUGCCGAGGCCAGGGCCAGCAAUAUCGUGGAGAAGGGGGCGAUAUUUUUCGCAGAAGCGAAAAAGUGGCUGACCGCAGUCGGAAAAGGUCUUGCGGUUGCCUUGCAGGGCACGAGGCUGUUUCAAUUGGCGGAUGCCAGUUUUGAACAGGUGACGAAAGCUAUCGGGGACAGCUUGCCAGGGAUUAAAAAGCUGAAACCGCUCGCUACGAUAGGCAUGGUUGCGUUUUAUGUAUUUCAACUUGCGUCGAGUCUCUAUGGGCUGAUCACGGAUUGGAAUAGCAUGGAGGAUGCUAAGAAAGCAGUGGUAAUAUUGGAGAUGAUACAGACCGUUGUGAGCGGCAUUGGUCAGGCUCGUGAUGCCUGGAACAAGUACAAAAACAGGGAUACUGCCACGACUCCAGAGGACGCCUUAGAUACCGCGGCUCUAGACCAGGGAGUUGAAAAAUCUGUUGCAAAAAGUGGAGGCGGCCUUGCUGAGAUGUCCGACGAAGUCAAUGGCGAAGGCACAUUCAACGAGAUUGUUGGCGACCACUUGCUCCCAGAAGGCCCAGCUACCGAGACCAACACUGCAGAAGGGUGGAACGACGGCAGGGAUACGCCGCCAGAGAAUGUCCCGGCCGGUGGAGAGGAAGUGGUGGGAAAGUGGAAUGUAUCGGGAAAUGCCGUCAAGAUCCUCAACGCUUUCUUGGGUAUUGGAUUAGUUAUCGCAAUGACCUUCAGUUUGGUGCAGGAUUGGGACAAAUUGACAACGGGAGGAAAGAUCAUUAACACGAUCGCUCUGCUUUCGCAAACACUCACGGUGAUUUUGGACAUCGUCGAAGUGGGCUCAUCCAUUGGACUGUAUACAGUCACAGGGGUAUUCGCCACAGUACUGCCCGUACUCGGGGCUGUGCUCGCCGUUCUUGGCGUUGUAAUGAUGCUCAUCAACCUGUUCGUGAACUUGUUUGGUGGCUCUCCACCUCCCGACCCGGUGCAGGAGUUCAUCGACCAUGUAGCCAAAGGCCUAGUCGGGGGAUUUGAAAACGCGCCGCCGCCGAAACUCGACUAUACCAUCCCCAGCGUCAUCUACGAAUCCGGCGAAGUGACCGGCAUCACCAUCAAGGGCGAAAACACAACGAACGAUGAGAUCAGCAUCCCUAAUGCCCGGAUUGUUGUGAACAGCGGCAGCGACGACGUCUGUCUGUUCUCUACGGAUGAUUUCGAACUGGUGGAGGAUACAGACACCGACAAGGAUUCGGAUAAACAUCUCUAUGUAACUCCGAACAGCACAGCCGAGGGGACAUUGUCCAGUAGUGUUCUGGGCGACGAGACAGAGUACCACGAGUUUGAUCUAGUGGUCGGUGGGAAUAAGAAGGAUACGGAGAACAGUUUGCACAAACUGAUUUUGCAGGCCAAGGAGAGCUUCACAGCGGUAUGGACGGGGCGAAUCAACAAGAGCGGUCGGAGCGUGGUCGAGAUCAAUGAGAAGUCGGACCUUGACAAAUGCCAUGUUCAGUAUACGGUGUUCAGGGUUUAA